GCUCCUUUCGGUUCCGUUAUUACACAAACAUGGCUUGUCAAACCUGUACGCUUCCCUUGUGUGAGAUCGUCUUAUUUGUCCUUUUUUCUGUCUUUAACAUCGGAGAAGGACAUCAUAUGGGAUUUAGGAAGUUAAUUCCAAUGCAGAAUCCCAGCGCAGCGGUGGAGGACCAUUGGUUCAUUCAGAAACUGGAUCACUUCAAUGGUGCAGACAGCAGAGUGUGGAAACAAAGAUAUUUUGUGAAUGAGGCCUUCUCCAAGCCUGAUGGCCCAGUGUUUCUGAUGAUAGGGGGAGAAGGCCCAGCCAAUCCAGCAUGGAUGGAAUAUGGAGCCUGGCUCACCUACGCUGAAAGUCUGGGAGCUCUUUGCUUGAUGCUAGAACAUCGGUUCUAUGGAAAAAGUCACCCUACAAGUGACCUAAGCACUGACAACCUGAAGUUCCUGAGCAGUCGUCAGGCCCUGGCUGACCUGGCUCACUUCCGAACCGAGAUAGCAGAGGCUCGAGGACUGACCAACAGGAAGUGGGUGGCGUUCGGUGGGUCGUACCCAGGUUCUCUCGCUGCAUGGUUCAGGCUCAAGUACCCCCACCUGGUCCAUGCCGCCGUUGCUACAAGUGCACCUGUUCAUGCUCAGGUCAACUUCCCAGAGUACUUGGAGGUUGUGUGGCGUUCACUUGCCUCAGAGAAUGCUGAGUGCCCCCUGUUGGUGAAGAAGGCUUCAGAUGCCCUUGUGGAACGUCUGAAAGACCCAGAGACCUAUGAAAACAUCACCAAAGACUUCAACUUAUGUUCCAAACUGCAGAUUGAAACAGAAAGGGACUCUGCCUUCUUCCUGGAAACACUGGCGGGUAACUUCAUGGAUGUAGUCCAGUACAAUGAAGGCAACAGGGAAUUUGAGGGUGUGAUGGGAACCAACAUCACCAUCCAGGUGCUGUGUAGUGUGAUGGGUGACACCUCACUGGGAGACCCGUAUGAUCGCUAUGCUGCAGUGGCCCGCCUCAUGAUGGAAACAUUCUUAAUGAAAUGUCUUGACGCCAGCUUCAGCAACUACCUCAGAUACAUGACUAAUACAUCCUGGGAUGGUCCAGCUGCAGGGGGAGGGAGACAGUGGGUCUACCAGACAUGCACUGAAUUUGGAUUUUAUCAGAGCACUGAUUCUCCCAACCAGCCUUUUACUGGUUUUCCUCUUGAGUAUCAGGUCAAACAGUGUGCAGACUUCUACAAUGUCACUGCUGAGGAAGUAGCAGAAGCCAUUGUUCAGACGAAUGAGUACUACGGUGCAUAUGACAUCCACUCCUCCAGGAUCGUUUUUCCUAACGGGUCUAUUGAUCCCUGGCAUGCACUGGGUAUCACCCAGGACAUCACACCUGAUCUCCCUGCAAUUUUCAUCAAGGGGACAUCCCACUGUGCCAACAUGUAUCCUGCCAGGAGCCAAGAUCCUCUGCAGCUGGAAAUGGCCCGAGAACACAUCUUCUCACUCCUCCAGCAGUGGUUGAAGCAGUGAUUGAACAACUGAAUGUGCUGGUUGUUGGCUUUGCAAAGCGAGCAAAUUUUGGUCAAAUUAUUGACACUGGGAUGCAGCUGCUUAUCUUACUGCAGUUUUUAUUACCGCUUUAAAGGCACUUUAUGGAAAUAUUGGUUGGGUCCAAGGUGAUCAUGUUAAGUUGAUGAUUAAAGAUGUUUUUUUAACCAAA